AUGGCUGGUAUCUGGCUUCUUCUGCUACUGACUCUAACGCCGGUUUUCGCGGCCGAUGCCGACGCUACAACGCCUUCGACCAACGCCAGCGUGAAGAUCGAGCCCAAAGCGGAACCGCUGAUUGAAGCGGCCAAUUUCAAGCGAAAACCCGUCUUUCGCGAUCCACCGCCACGCGACAUGAGCGUGCUCAAGUUGAAGAAGUCGGGUGUGCGUUUGCUGAGUCCGAAGGCCGAAGACAUGGCCAAGUUGAGCGAGACCACGACCACCGACGCUCCUUCUACGGACAAUACCACCGUGGUGCCGAGCAGUGGAGUUUUUGGAGUUGGCAGUGGAACUGUGUAGGUUUUUUUUCGUUUUCUAGUGUAUAUAGUAGGCCGCUUCAUUUUUUUUGUUGUGCUACUCGUUAUAUAACGUUGACGUUUUGCUUUGUGUUAGGUCGUACCAUAAUUUUGACUCUUCAUUUUAAAAUGUUGAAGAUAGUCGUCUUAUAGAAUAUAUGAUAGUCGUCUUACUGAGUAUAUGAUAUUGAGCCUAUAAACCAACUCAUAAAUCAUUUUUUUCAGAUUCCUCGUCUCACUGGCUUCGUUACUGCUCCAAGCGAUGGCGUUCAACCUCUAA